AUGUUGCAUUUCAUCGUCUUCAUCUUAUUGUCGUCAAUAUCGACUCAACUUGUCGAUGGUCUGGUGUGUGCCACUGCUUGUGAAUACUCCAGUAAUCUCGAACAUAUAGCACCACCAACUUGUACUACUAUCGAUAAACCAGCUAGUGAACAAAGUUGCCAAGUUUUAUUAAAUAUUGAUUAUAUCACUGGUGCAGUUACUGGACAAUUUAAUCCUGCAACACCACCAAAACCUACUAAUUUCGAUGCAUUAACUGCUUUUUCACUCUAUAAUGAAUCAGUCACUUUAACAAUCGAGUUUCAUUGUUCCACACCAGAUGAAUGUGAUUUAUUAUUUGCUAAAAAUGUUUUAAAUAGUGACUGGACCAAAGUUCGAACGCUAGUAAAAGUUUUAAGAAGUGAAUUAGCCGAUAGCCUCUUUAAUUCAACUGAUCUACGACCUGGUGAGACUUGUCCAAGUAUGCAACCAUGUUCCGGUGAAGGAUUCUGUCAAACUGUUUUUGAGUAUUGGUCAGAUGCCGUACGUCCCGCACUCUCGAGUACAUGCGCAAAUUCCACAGCACAGCCAGUUGUUACUUGGAUUCAAGCAUUAGAUCAAGCUAGAAUUGGUGAAAUUUUGCUGUAUACCUGCAAUAACCCUGAAUGUGCAUCACAAAUGUCAGUCCUAAGUAUUGUUCAAGUGGUUUCACAAAAUUACACUUUACCAUUUAAUGUCCCAAUAUCAAUAACAACUACUACUACCGCUACCACCACCACAACAGCCUCUACCAUGUCAACGACAUCGACAACAACACCCAGCGCUGCUAGCUCAGCCUUUUUAAGCAUUACAUCAUGGAUUAUUUUACAAAAAAAUCAACAUAAAUAA